AUGGAGGAAGAUGUUGAAGUUAAAUUUCUGGCACUAGAUCAGCGCAAAAAGCUGAAAGUUCAGUCACCGUGUCUUCUUGGUUUAUCAAUAUGGUUCUAUGGAGUGAUAAUACAGGGUGCUACUUGGCUGAUGAUUAUUAGUGUGAUCUCUGCAGUUCUGAUAUUUGGAUCAUUAGUAGAAUGCAGAGUACCAAGUAGUUCUAAAUUGAACAAUUUUGAUUACACUGCUAUCAAUUGCAGAAAACACAGUGCAAUUUUGACAGAUUUUGGUGCUGUUGGUGAUGGAAAAACCCUUAACACAAAAGCAUUUAAUUCAGCAAUAACCAAACUUAGCCAAUAUGCAAAUGAUGGUGGUGCAUUACUUAUUGUUCCACCUGGUAAAUGGUUAACUGGUAGUUUCAAUCUCACAAGCCAUUUCACUCUUUUUCUUCAAAAAGAUGCUGUCAUUCUUGGAUCUCAGGAUGAAGCAGAUUGGCCUGAACUUCCUGUAUUACCGUCUUAUGGAAAAGGACGAGAUGCAACUGAUGGAAGGCUUAGUAGUCUCAUUUUUGGAACUAAUCUCACUGAUAUUAUAAUUACUGGUAACAAUGGGACAAUUGAUGGACAAGGAUCCAUUUGGUGGGAGAAGUUCAAAAAGGGUCAAUUGAAAAUCACAAGGCCAUACUUGAUUGAGAUUAUGUAUUCUGAUCAAAUCCAAAUAACAAAUCUCACUUUGAUCAACUCUCCAUCAUGGUUUGUCCAUCCAGUUUACAGCAGUAACAUAAUUGUAAAUGGACUUACCAUUCUUGCACCACUGAAUGUUCCGAACACAGAUGGAAUCAACCCAGAUUCAUGUACUAAUGUUAGAAUUGAAGACAACUAUAUCGAAUCUGGUGAUGAUUGUAUUGCGAUUAAAAGUGGAUGGGAUCAGUAUGGAAUUAAAUUCGGAAAGCCAUCAGAACAUAUCAUCAUAAGAAGGGUAACAUGUAUAUCUCCUAAGAGUGCUAUGGUUGCAAUAGGCAGUGAAAUGUCAGGUGGAGUCCAAGAUGUUAGAAUCGAAGACUUAACCGCCAUCAACACAGAAUCAGCUGUUAGAAUUAAAACAGCUAUCGGUAGAGGUGGAUUCGUGAAGGACAUUUUUGUAAAAGGAUUGAAUUUGAACACAAUGAAAUAUGUGUUUUGGAUGACUGGUUCUUAUGGACAGCACCCUGAUGACAAGUUUGAUCCAAAAGCAUUGCCUAAGAUUAAUGGAAUAAAUUAUAAAGAUGUUACUGCAAAGAAUGUGACGAUUGCAGGGAAACUAGAAGGAAUUUCUAAUGAUCCUUUUACAGGAAUAUGUAUUUCUAAUGCGACUAUUGAAAUGUUUGUAAAAAAGGAUUCAGAUAUUGAAAUGGAUGCAAAAAAGGUGAAGCUUCCAUGGAAUUGCACUGAUGUUGCUGGAGUUACAAGCAAUGUGGUUCCUCAACCAUGUGCUUUGUUACCUGAUAAGAAGGUGGAUUGUCCUUUUCCAACUGAUAAACUGGUCAUUGAAAAUGUUCAGUUCAAGACUUGUUCCUUCAAAAGUGUUAUCUGAUUAGUAAUAUGGAUGUUAAAUUUGAACUUUAAAGCUAUUAUAUAGUAUUAUUGUUAUGGCAACAAAGGUUAUUUUCUUCUAUAAAGUAUA